AUGUUCCCCCCUUCAGAUCAGACCCCCGUGCCGCUGGGCUUCAAACACGCUGCCCUUUCUCAGAACACGCCGUGCAUGUGGCAGGGGGGAGGGAUAAAGGGGGAGUCGGAGGGAGGGAAGAAAGAGAGAGAUGACUCCAGUUCAAGAGGCGGAGCAGCGACGACCACUGGUGACUCUGAACACACCCCGGAUCUGGCUGGGAAACUGGUGCGUCCACGCUUCACUCAGCCAUCAAAGAUGAGGAAGCGCGUCAUUGCUCGCCCGGUGGGCAGCUCGGUACGCCUGAAGUGUACAGCGAGCGGUAACCCUCGUCCCGACAUCGUGUGGCUGAAGGACAGUCGGCCGCUGGUGGACGACGACGCUGGGGCAGGAGGAGAAGGAGAAGGGAAGAAGAAGAAGUGGACUCUGAGUCUGAAGAACCUGACGCCAGAGCACAGCGGGAAGUACACCUGCCACGUGUCCAACAGAGCCGGAGAGAUCAACGCCACCUACAAAGUGGAAGUCAUACAGCGUACCAACUCUAAACCCAUUCUGACUGGCACUCACCCCGUCAACACCACCGUGGACUACGGAGGAACCACAUCUUUCCAGUGUAAAGUCCGCAGUGACGUCAAGCCAGUUAUUCAGUGGCUCAAAAGAGUCGAACCAGGAGAUGAGAAUAAAUUUAACUCCACCAUCGAGGUUGGAGACCACCGCUUUGUAGUCCUGCCUACAGGGGAGGUUUGGUCGCGUCCUGACGGAUCCUACCUCAACAAGCUUCUGAUAACCAGAGCCAAGGAGGAGGAUGCCGGCAUGUACAUCUGCCUGGGCGCCAACACGAUGGGCUACAGCUUCAGGAGCGCUUACCUGACUGUGCUACCAGAUCUGAAGCCCCAAAACAACGCUGUUCCCGCAGCAACAUCCCCGAGCCUCCCCUGGCCUGUCAUCAUUGGAAUACCCGCAGGUGUCGCCUUCAUAUUAGGCACCGCCCUCCUUUGGUUCUGCCAAUCAAAACGCACCUGCUCCUCUUCUUCUUCUUCAUCCUCCUCUGCUCUCCCCGCUGCUCAGCGUCUACCUGCGGCCAACCGUGACCGAGCCUGCCCGGCGCUGCCUCCUCAACCAGCCAACAGCGAUAAAGAUUGUCUCUCAUACGAGGACUACAUCGCCCAUCAGCAGCUGCUCCUGGCUCAGGGCGGCACUGGAUUGGUUCCCAAAGUCUACCCGAAGAUCUACACGGAUAUACACACGCACACGCAUUCACACGUGGACGGGAAAGUGCACCAGCAUCAGCACAUUCACUACCAGUGUUAGCACGCUUCUGGUGUCUCACACUCUUACAUGAACAUGUCCCAGUGCAUGCCUCCACAUCGGUCCAUACUAGCUGCUGACACACAGCAAAGAACAAGAGACCACACAACUCUUCGUCAUUCUGCUCCAGCCUCGUUAAUGUGUGAACACAGACUUAUUCAACACACAAACUAUGAAGAAUGUAAAGAAAGAUCAUUAUUUGUAGCCUGUCCAGAAAUCUAUGAGAGAAAAAUCCCAAAACAUAUUUUAUUCAAAGCUUUUUUUAUAUGAAAUAUUUUCUGUAGAUUAUAAAUCUCUCUUUUUUGCUCAAAGGCUUUAUCUGAAGAAACAAUGAACUCUGCAGCUUCAAGGUAACGUCACAACCCAACAGUUUAUCUCUCCUUUUAGUUCUCUGGACACAACCACAACUUCCUCAGUGACAGAAACAGCCUGCCUACGCUACUCAUGUAUAUAGUGGAAUACGAUUAUAUGGCAUUUAGCACGCUACUUCAUCCUGGGUUAUCUAUAAAGAAUAAUAUAGCAUGUAUGUAAUGAAAUAGCUUAAUGUCAGAGUAUAUUUCCAACUGAGCCAUAGGACACACAAAUUAAGGCGAACUCCUGAUGUAUCCACACCCUGGGCAAGAAAGAGGGCUGCCAGGUGUUCUGAUAAAUGUCCAGCUGCUAUCUGGGUACUGUGUGGAGAAAGAGCUGAUGUCAAACUGGUUCAGGCAACAUGGAUCUCUCUGAGUAGGUCGAUUUUAGCAGCUCCUCCAGAAGCAAUCAUCUCCCAACUCCAAUAACUACAUCUACUGACAGUUCUGCCUCUUUACUUCCUGGAGGAAAGCAGCAUUUUCUGUUUCACGUCAUCGCCAUUUCAGCUUUGUUUGACGCUCGCUGACUUUAAAAGAGAGGGAUGAAGGAUAUCAGUUCUCCUCGUGUCGUACGUUCAACCUCUUCAGCCACCAGUGCAAAGGGAUCAUCGACAAUGCCUCGGUGUAAAACGGUGCCUUCUGAGAAUUGUUUCCAGAUUUCGCGGAUCGCUGUCGGAUCAGCGGAUAUGUCACAGACUCUUGUUAAUCUGUGAUGAGAUUUAGAGGGCUCAAAACAGAGGAGCUUCAUCUUAAACUCUUUAACUUAAAGUCCUCGACUCUUCUUCCUAAAGCGCCUCGCAGUAUGACCUCAUGCGUGAUGGAGCAGGGUUUGCAUGUGCUCUGCUCUCCUCACACGGCUUGUUAAGGAGCAUCUGUUGUUUUUAUCUAAAGAGGAAAUGUUUUGGAUCAAGUGCUGCCGUCUCACCUGCAGAGUUGUCUGUCAGUAUGAUCUGGAAGAUGCACGAUGUUGCAGUCAAAACCUUCCAGAUGCUACGAAGGUAAAAUGAUGGGAUGCAGCUUUAAAGUAAAACAGAUUUAGAGCCAUAUAUUCAGCAGAAUGUUAUGUUGAUCACUACAGCAGCGCCCACUGCCGAGCUACAGGUACAUUAACUGCUCUUAGUGUUGUACAGUGGCAAUGAAUUAUAAUAGUUACAUAUCUGAUUCUGUGUUUUGAUUCAUCUGCAGAUUUACCACUAGUUUUAUUGACCAGAGAUCUACAGAUGUGUUUGAAAUGCAUUUACAGGUGGGGUUUAAGCAUUUUCACACUAUUUGAUUACAGUUCAGUCUUAUAAAGCCCACACACAGACACACAGAACCAUGGUUCACCUCCACACUUGUUUUUACUCCUUUUGGCUGAUGAGACCUCCUCUAACCUGUGUGUUGUGUGUUUGAUUAAUAUUUCCCUCCCUCCAUGUAGUUUUAUCGCACCUUCAGGGUUGGGACAGACCUUUAUCAUUCUCAUUAAUACAGUGACUACGUUUACAUGCACACUAAUAUUUCAUGAUCACACACAGGUCAUGUAAACAGGUUAUGCCGCUUGAAUAUUUCGAAUUAUGCUUUGAUCUAAGAUGUGCCAAUAAUAUUCAGGUGUUACGAGCAUUUCUGGCAUGUACACAGCUCAUUUGGAAUAUGUAUCUCAAUUUUAUUUUUGCUUUACUGCAGUUUGCAGCUCUGUGUGGUGUACACAAACCAACCAACCAGCCAACAGUUUGCAAGGCCGGCUACAUGCAUGCCCAACAAAAGAAAAGCCCACGUUUCUUGUCGUAAGAAAAAACACAGCUACUUUUAAACAUUAUAAAAGAAUUCAGCAGGUUUUUGUAUACGUGCAAAUAUCGCAGUGCCGACCUUUUCAAGAAGGUCAAUCCCACAAGUCUGUCACGGGUGGAAAAUUUUUAAAUUUCCUAAUUUGUUUCUAACAAGCAAAAAUGGUGCGAGUGGCUCUAGCUGUUCCACUUUUACAUAUUUUUGAUGUGAUAAACAACAUGUCAGGGCUCAGCGUAUCCUCAUACAAUGGUUUGUAUGAUAUCUAACAAAUUUAUUAGCACCCCACAAAUGACAUUACAUACUUAAUGUUAACUUACAUAAGUUCAAUUUAGGGAAAGAAACACGGUGUCUGAAAAUAACUCAAAGUUCACUUGGUUUUUCAUGGGACACAAACACCAGUCUCCUGGGGUAAAGUCCUGUGUUCAUUGACCCAUCCACCUCAACCUGCCUUCUUACAUGAACUUUCGCUCUUUUUACUACUUCCUUCUUUACUCACAUCAGCGUAUUGGUCAUGUGAUCGCAGCCUUUCUGAUUAUGUUGGUUAUACAAGAAAUACUGGCUCUUACUUCUUCAUUACUUCUUGUUGGUAUCAUACGUACGAACAGUGUGUAAGAACAGCCUGUAGAGCUCGUUAAUCAAAGUAGGCAUUAAUUUUCUUUAUCCAUAUUAACAGCUCAGUGGGAAUACCGCCUGUACUGGAAUAAGGGCAAAACCCAGAAUAUUUUGUGCAUGUAAACACAGUCAGUGAGUUUGGUUAACUUUGGUAAUUCCCAGCGCUGCUCCUCCUGGCUUCAUCCUAAGAGGCCGUUUACACGUACACAGUGAUUUU